UUUAAUUUUUGAGAUAAGUGAGUUAAGUUGAAAACGUUUUAGCAUGAAUAACAAGGAAAACGAAAAUACUUCUCAGAAUCCGAGUCAACAAAAAAAAUCUUGUACCAAUAUUUUAUGGCUUUUUAUUUUCAUUCUAUUCCUAUGUACAAUGGUCGCUACUGCAAUAUUGGCAAUAAAAAACGGAAACUAUCUCGCCAUAAUCAAUGGUUACGAUAGCUUUGGAAAUAUUUGUGGUAUAAAUCAUAACAAACCAUAUAAGAAUAUAUCACUUUCCGGAAUGGAUACAUCAUCUAAACCAUUUGUUUUAUUCUUUGGAUGGAAAAAUGUAUCGACAGUCUUAAGAAUUUGCAUUGAUCAAUGUCCCAGAGAAUUAAUAGAAACUGAAUUAGCUCUGAUAUCGAAUUGGAAAUUUAGAAAAUUUAAAUAUUGUCGAUACGAUUUUGAAAUGUUGAGGCUGGUUCAAUUUUUUCCAUAUUUAAAUUAUAAAUCGAGUGUUGGACCUUGCCCGUUUCGUAAUAUUUUUCCAAGUUCCAACAUAAGACAAAGAUGCAUUCCAAUGGCGUAUAUGGAUGAUGUUGCGCCAUUUUAUUCAUAUUUGAAUAAUAUUUUUGAAACCGUUUUACUAUUUUUUGCUAACAUUUAUUUAACAUGGGAAUAUACCGUCAUUUUAAGUGGAGGUGCUCUGCUGUUUUCAAUAAUAAUAUUGUUGAUAAUAAUAUUCCUACAAGCGAGGAUCGCAUUAUGGAUUAUUUUAAGUCUUGCUAUAAUCGCACAAGGAGGAGUUUACACUACGCUGAAAUAUGCUUCUGAAAACAUACCCGUUACAAAUGAAGACUCCAUUUUCUAUAUGAUUUUGAAAGAGUAUAAUAUUAAUAAUAAUGUGCUUUUUACUCUGUUGGAUUUAAGCUUAAAAUUAACGAUUAUGACAGUUGUUUUAUGUUUGUUACUGGCAAUGUAUAUUUCUGAAACAAAACUUUUUUUCUAUGAAGCAACAAACUGUUUAAAAAAACUGCCAAGUCUUUUGAUUUUUCCCUUUAUUACUUCAAUUUUACUUUGUGGAUAUCUAUGGAUUUGGACGUACGUUAUGCUUUGUAUGACCACAGCUUCAAAACCUGAAAUUUUACCAUUUACAAGACUUCCGGAAAGAGACAUGCAGUUAUCAAGGCCUUUUGACAACAGAUACAGAGUGUACCAAAAGGUAGAGUACAUUGAAGAAGAAUCUAUUCGAAGCCUGGUCUGGGUUCAUAUUUUCGGUUUAUUUGUGACAACUGGAUUUUUAUUCACAUGUCAAGAGUUCUGUUUGAGUGCAGCUGUUGGUUUGUGGUACUUUGAAGGCAAAGAAAAUGUCAAAUAUAAACAAAUUAUAAAAUGGUUAAUUCGAUAUCAUCUGGGAACAGUUGUAAAAGAUGCUAUAAUAACACCACUUUUGAUAGUACCUCGGAAGUUAUUGUUUGUUUUUAGUGCAGUAUUGCAUAUAUUCAAUAUUAAGUGUCUAAAAGGUCUUAAAGAAAAAUUAAGUACAAUUGAAAAUAACACAACCAAAUGGAAUUACAAAGCAUAUGAAUUUAUAGGAAUGGAAGCAAAAACUGAAUCGUUUUUUCGAAGGCGAAAUGAAAUAUCAUUUGAUUCAUCUGGUCAAAAAAAUCUCAACAACGCAUCAAAAUUUAUUUUAUUUUUGGCAAAACUAACAAUUGCUAAUGUCACAUGUAUUAUUGGAGUUCAAUUGCUGAGGGACAAUAAAAAAGUAUAUUUCUAUAUGGCACCAAUUAUAUUCAAUGCUUUAGUUGCUUAUUUAAUUGCUCACACUGUAUUCGCGUUAUUUGGAAAAGUUAUGGCUUCAAUAUUGAUGUGUGUAUGUAAGGAUAAGCAAUUAAACAACGAUUGUGGUCGCUGGGAGCAAAGUAAGUUUGCUGAACUUUUCAAUUCCGGAUCACAGAAGAAUGUUUUUAUUGAAGUAAAGUCCAAGGGCAAAGUCGAUGUCUCUCAACGUUCUACACAAUAAUUUAUGAAAAAAAUAUUAAUGUUUGACUAUAAAAAUCCACUAAACAAAUAUAAUAGACAA